AGCUCAGGCAGGCGAAUCAAGAAAACAGCAAACCCAAACUCCACAGAGCACUUAUGGCUUCCGACGAUCCCAAACCCUCACAAUCAGAAUCAGAAUCAGAGCCUCCAUCUUCGUCUUGGAAGGACCGCAUCGUCUUCCCCACACUCGUCGCCGGAAUCGUCGGCGCCGGAGCUGGGUUGGUCUCCAAACACCGGAAAGUCGUCGGCCUCCCAACCAGCUCCGCCACUUACGCCGCUAAUUUCGCCAUCGUCACUGCUUGUUACUGCGGGGCGCGUGAAUAUGUGGGAAUAACGAGAAAGACGGGGCCUGAUGAUCUGCUCAACUCUGCUAUCGCCGGCUUUGGCAGUGGUGCUAUUCUUGGCCGGCUUUACGGCGGUCCAGUCUCUGCUGUCCGCUACUCAAUACUCUUUACCAUUGCUGGGACAACAGUGGACUAUGCUACAAUUAAACUACGACCUGUCUUGAAGAGCUACAAAGAAUCUAUGCUUGGGAGUAAUGACGGUUCAAAGAAGAAUGAUGGUUGGCUGAAACUGCCCGACUGGUCCCCUAUCAAAGUACUUGAUGAAGAAGCCCUUGCUGCAAAGCAGGCUCGAGAAAAGCAGUUGUAUGCACAGAGGGGACUUGGGAACUUCACCAAAGAAGAGUCUUAAAGAGUUAAAGUUCUAUUAGGUGCAUAAGAUUUUGUACAAUGUCAGUAAUAAUCUCUUGGUGUCUGCUUGUUAGCAUUUUUAGUUGUUGCCUUUCAGUCACUGCUAGUCUCCCAUUUUGGGGAUGACUUUGCACCAUCCACACCUAUCCGGUAGGGUAUUUUCAAAGUAGCAGAAAGAUGGAUGCAGGGAUAUUUGGAUAUAAGUUUACAAUCAAAAAUGAACCUUUUGGUUUCUGUUUGUUAUUAUGUUGGGAAAUGUUCUCAUACUUUUGCAAAUUUGCAUA